AUGGCAAACGGUUGGAGUAUCGUCAUUGGCCUCAUUAUUGUUGUGCUUGCUUCUGCGGCAGCAUGGUUCCUUUCUCCUAAAGGCGAAAAUCAAACCGAUUACGUUCUUAGCGCAAUGGCAUCCACUCAUCGUACCCAGAAGAGGAGACUUAAGACCGGACUAUGCAAGACAUAUGAGUUGAGUGGCUAUUACAUUUGGACACGCAUGAUGGUGAAAGAGAAUGAAGAAGGAUGA